CUCCGUCUGCUAUCUGCACGCCACAAUGUCCGCCACUUUCACCACGCAUGAUUCAGACGAUGAGUUCUGGUACUACUCCGAAAUUGAAACGAUUGUGCACCCGCGAGUCAAAGCCGACAAUAGUGGAUGGGAGUAUCUCAUCAAGUUCGUCGGAUUUGGUGAUGAAGAGAAGUCCUAUGUCGACGACACAGAGAUGUCGGGCGCGAGGCUCCUGCUGGACAGCUUCUGGACUGACAUCGGCUUUUACAAUAAGGACUAUCAGCCCGGUGAGAUACUUGAACCCUCGAAAGAAUGGCAAGAGCGGCAACUCGAGGAGGUCCGCCGCAGGAAAGAAGCUGAGUGAGCAUUCUUAUCACGCAGCUUCACCAGUGAGGUCGAUGACUUGCUCGUUCGCCAUUCUGCGCUCUUGUUCUCUCCUCCAGUCAUCCAUCGCCGCUCGCCGGAGCUCGCGACCAAGCGCCCGGCCCAGCGGCAGAGGGACUGCGUUGCCUAUUUGUCGAUGUAUCGUCAGGAUGUCGUCCUCUUCGAGCCUUUCGAAUAUGAACCAAUCCGGAAAGCCCUGAGCUCGAGCUAGUUCACGAACGGUAACGAUUCUGCCGCA